GCAUGCAUGUGUGUUGCAUGUAGAGAGAAACUCAUGGGAGUCAGUUCUCUUCUUCACUACAUGGGCUCAAGGGAUUGGAUUCAGGUCACAGCUUGGUGGUUAGUCCCUUUACCCGAUGAACCACCUUGCCAAGCUCACAUGCUGUACGUUUGUGUGUCACAGUAACGGACUUUGAAUUUCUGCUUAGACUUGUGAGGUGAUUUCAGUGUUGUCAGGUAAACGGAAACCCUGCAGAAGUAUGUGAGCGUACUCAUUAUGGGUGUGUAAGGAUUAGUUUUGCCUUCAAAGAUGCUGUUACGUAUCACAUGUACACAUAGCCCUCAGAGUAGUUGUCCUUCUCUCCUUUCUCCCUUUGAGGGACUAAAAAAUGGUUUUAACCCAGAAAAGGGAAGCCAGGCAUAGUGACAAACACUGUAAUCCCUGCUAGUUUAAGGUUGCUUUGGGCUACAUAGCAAGAUUCUGUCUAAAAUAAAAAUGGCAUAAUUCCACUUAAGAAAAUUUUGAACUAUGUCCCUCCAUCUGUUGGGCAUUUCAGACCAUGGCCAGCCACAAGUUGAUGCUUAUUGCAAUACCCUACUUAGAAGCUUGAGAGUGAGCUAACACUGGUGUUCACAAUACUACAACUUGCUUUGAAGAUGUAUUCUAUGAGUUUUGAAAUAGCUGUUUUUAUUUUAUGUAUGUUACUAGAAAGUGCACAGGACAAAAACUGCCAUUUUAAGUUCUUUAAGCAAACAGUUGGGUGGCAUCAAGCACAUUCACAGAGCUAUGUGGCCACUACAGUGCAUUUCCAGAACUUUUUUUUAAUCAUCCCCAAAAGAAACGCUGCGCCCAUUAAUAGCUUCCCACCCCCUGUCUCCCCCACUCCAAACGUCUUCUGUCCCUGCUCUGCUGCGUUUGCCAGCUCCAGCAUCUCAUGCUGUCCUGCCGCAUCUGCCCACUUGUGACUGGUAUAUUUCAUUCAGAAUGUUCUCAAAACUUGUCAUGCUGCAGCAUGCAUUGGAGCCACACCCCCCUGUAAGGGCGAAUUCCAUUUCACUGCAUGGGUGCACCUACCUCUGUGCAUUUGGGCGUGUUGUGUUUGGGAUGAACUCAGUCCUUGGUGAUUGAUUGUGAGCUCACAGAGUGUGGCUGGAGAUGUGAACUGAAGUGGUGUUGAUUUGCACUAUGAACACAGUGCCUGGCGGACAUAGCCAGGCUGGAGUUGAAGCACAGAUCGUAGUGUGAUAAGGAGCCUGCCAGUAGUGAGGAACAGCAGCGAUGACAUUACCUGCCGUGAUGUUACGCAACAUCCAUAGCACCACGCAUGGUCUAGGUAUUUUUCUCGUAAAGGAAGAACUCUUUCUAGUUCCUAUUUUAUGCGUGGAAAAACUGCAGCAUAGGCAAAUGGGAUGGAUUGUUAAGAUUGUGGAGUUGUUAGAUGUAGUUGAGAUCUGAACUUGGUUUUCAGUACUAACUUUGCAAUGAACUUGUUUGUAACACAAUGUCUAUGUCCCUUGCCUGCCUUCUCCUUUUUCACUGUCUUAAAACUGAACACAACUUCUUAGCUCACUGGGCAAGAACAAACCCACACUCUGAGAGGACAAAGGUGCCUGGUUUGCGUGGAGCAAUCAUCCGCAGGGAAUUGAGACUACGUUUCCACAACUGAGUUCUUAAUCCUUUUAGAGCCUUGUCUUUGAAUGCUGUGCAGUUCCCACACUCAGAGCUCUGUGGGAGGGAGCUUUUUGUCCUUAGCCUGUGACUGUCAGAAUGGGUUCUGACACACUCAUUUCACUGCUGAUUUGUGACACUCGCUGAUGCUCAAUUCCUGAAGAAUUUGUUGCGAAGUAGCAUUUAUGUCUUCAUUAUAACCUCCAUUGUAAUUCCUCUUGACUUUUCGUCUGCUUACACUUUAUUUCUUUGACAUUUGCAAUCGAAGGCCUGGUUUUGCAAAGCAGUGGAAAUAAAGAUGUGCUUGCUCUAUUUUGGCAUGAAAGGCAAACCCACUUAUUCUUUUUGUUACCUGUAAUACCGUUCAUGUGUCACUGUACUCUGUACAUUUUGAGGUCUGAGCCGUGUUACGUCUAGUAGGUAGAGAUUCUAUUACCCUCUGUUGGGCAUGUGAGAAUCUCAAAGCCAGAGUUCUCAGCCAUCUGCGUAUAUUUAUAGAUUAGAAGAUCCAUUCUGCAAAAAAGAAUCCCAGCAUGCUGUGUUCAGGUGAGCCACCCUUGCUUAUAAGAAGAGCCUCCCAGUCUUUUGCUCACGUGUAUUUAGCUACCAUCUUUCCUACAGUGAUAUGUGCCCUGUAUUAGAUUGCAGGGAGAAUGAACCAGCAUGCCAGAGAUGCUUGAAUUAACAUGGCACGGCUUUGACAUUGGUCCUGGUGUGAGUGAGGAAUCUGGGGUGAUUCCAGAGCUCUACCUUGGGCAACUGGGUAGAUCCAGUGAAUAAGACUUGAAGCCACAGCUGCAGGACACAGAGGGCAUAGCUCACCUAAGAUGUGGGAGAAGGAGAGGCCAGAAGUAGGUAGAGGAGAGGGUGUAAUCAAAGCUCCUAAAACAGGGGAAACGCUUGGUGGGGGGAGUCAGUGAGUGCAUUAAUUCCCCCCAAUUAAAGGCUGAGAGGUGAUUUGCCUCCACCGUAGAGCUUCAGUGGUCUAGUAGGAGAAAGGGGGUUAGGGAGAAGGAAGGUAGGCAGUAGUAAGGGAUAGAGAGCGCUGUCUUCAUUUGUGGGCUUUUGUCUCAGAUAAAAAAGGAUGGGAAGGAGAAGGAAGCUGAGGUGGAGGAUUCAGAGGGCAAGGUGAUUGGUAAACCAGGGACCCAGAGUAUGUCAGGUCCCGGACAAGGUUACAUGCAGAGCAGAAGUCACAGUCAGGCCAUGCUUGUGUUCAGGGGACACGUGUGUCCCGAGACGGGAAGGGCGGGAAGAGAUGAACAAGAGUUCCUGUGGGGUACACGGGACCGGUCAGUAGAGAGCCCCCAUGUAGUGGGAUCCCCAGUUAAAUUCCCAGCACCCAAGUUGGGGGAGGAGAGGGAGGAGGAGAUACUGUGAAAAAGUUCCCACCUUUAUUGCAGCAAAAGAUUUUAAGAGAAGCAAAUGAAUUUGCUUAUACAGAGUGUUCAUUUAGUGAGUUAGGGACUGAGACUGUAGUGAAAUUUAGAGGAAUUGCUGAAAAGAAAGGUCAAGGACCUUAGGGGCAAUCGGGGAGACAAUCUUCUCAUGUUGGACUUUGUGACUGUGUUACUUAUUUAAAAGCUUGGUUGUUCUCCAUAGGCUCGGUUGAUAUGUAGACGCUGGAUGAUUCUGCUGAGGGUUAGGAUUUGUAGAACAGUUGUGUCAGGAGAAUGAAAGAGCAGGAAAAUAGAGGCUGACCUACUGUGUGAGGGGCUAAAGAAAUAGAUAAAUGGUCCUGGUGAAAGGGUUCAGAGGGUCAAGCUGAGCUUGCUGCCAAGCCUGGCCACCUGGAUUCCUUCUCAGGGACCCACAUGGUGGGAGGACAGAGCCAGCUCCACACUGUCCUCUGCAUUUGUAGGGUGCUUAGAAGCACCCAUGGACUCUGCUCUCCAGGUGCCAGGAGCAGCUCCUCAACUGAUGAUCAUUGAUGUCUCUGGAUACUGCUGAGUGUUAAAGGACUGUGUCCUCCAUGCCAAAUUACCACCAUCUCCAUGAGUUCAGCUGCGCCCACUUGUGUAAGGUCAUCACAGCUGGCCCUACUGACUUUGGUCAUUCCUUGCAGGGGGCCAGGAGGGUCAUGGGGCUCUUACCUGAGCUUCUAGCCAUUCCUCUGAACCAGUUGAAUGCAAUUCUACCCUAAUUGCCCAAAACCUUAGGGAGGGCCUAUGGGAUAUAGACUAGGGGAGGGCCGCCAUCUUUGCAGCCGCAUUGGCAGCGUCGUCCAUGCCAGGUUCAGACUGUCCAGUGUGUCUGCCUUGUGGCUGUCCGUGCUCCUCCAUGUAACUCUGGAGCUGAAAGUUGUGGAAACAUGACUUGUGACAGCAGGUGCUUCUUAUUUGGUAAGCAGCCAUUUGUGAUUCUGAAUGACUAAGGAAGCCUCGGCUGAGAUCCCACAAAGCCACCAGCUGCAGACUGCACCAUGGACCUCAAGCUGGACCCUUCCCGGGAUGACCUGCCUCUCAUGGCCAACACCAGCCACAUGCUUGUGAAGCACUAUGUACUGGAUUUGGAUGUGGAUUUUGGAAGUCGAGUCAUUGAGGGCACCAUAGUUCUUUUCUUUGGUGACGGAAGCAGAUUGAGCAAACAGACAAGUUCCACCCAGGAAACCUCCCAGAUGGAGUCAGAGGAAGACCUCACAUUUAGGACAACUGAAUCCUGCCACGCUCCUGAGGCGGAUGCAAGUUCCUUCUCGCCCCAGAUGGGGUACAGUGAAAUUGCGGUCUGUGGUAAAGGUGAUCAAGAUGCCUUUGAUAACGACGGUAACCAUGACAACCGGGAACAUGCUUCUGAGAUGUCUAGCUCAGAGUACUGCUGUGACACAGGGAAUCAUGGGAGAGAAGAUUUCUUGCUAGUGUUGGACUGCUGUGAUUUAUCUGUGCUAAAGGUAGAGGAGGUGGACGUGGCUGCCGUGCCGGGCCUUGAGAGACUUGCGAAGGCUCCCAAGCUCGCAGCUUCUCCUGAGAAGCUCAGGCGUGAGAUUGUCCGUGACCUCGUGGCUCUGCCUGCAGAUGGUUGGAGGGAGCAGUUAGACUGCUACACUCGCUGCAGCCAGGCUCCCGGCUGUGGGGAGCUCUUCUUUGACACUGACGAUUGGAGCUUACGGAUCAGGAAGAGGGGAGCUCAGACAGCUGCUGACUUUCCUCGCGCCAUCAGGAUAUGGUAUAAAACUAAGCCCGAGGGACAGUCAGUGACUUGGACCUCAGACCAGAGUGGCAGGCCGUGUGUUUAUACUAUGGGAUCCCCCAUCAACAACAGGGCCCUUUUUCCAUGCCAGGAGCCCCCGGUUGCCAUGUCAACAUGGCAGGCUACAGUUCGAGCAGCUGCGUCUUCUGUUGUUUUAAUGAGUGGGGAAAAUUCUGCCAGACCCACACCGCUUCAAGAAGGGUGCACGAGCUGGUAUUACUAUGUGAACAUGCCCAUGCCAGCCUCCACCUUCACAAUUGCAGUGGGAUACUGGACAGAAAUGAAGCCCAAGACAUCCCCACCAGAUGACCUGGUGGCAGAGCGCCCUCUCCCGCCUUUGAAAGCUGACUUCAGGUAUGCCGGCACCUGCAGUCAUGUAGACUAUCCCUGCCGAUUCCAGAAUGCUGCCGCUGCCGCCCAGGAGAUCAUUCCUCAUCGAGUGUUUGCCCCACCGUGCCUCGAGGGUGCCUGCCAAGAGGCCCUGCUGUGGCUGGUCCCUCCUUGCCUCUUAGCUGCGUACUCCGUCCUGGGAACACACCCUUUCUCCCGGCUGGACAUACUCAUUGUCCCCGCCAACUUUCCAAGUCUGGGGAUGGCCAGCCCACACAUCAUCUUCCUCUCUCAGAGCAUCUUAAGAGGCACGAGCCAUCUCUGUGGGACCCGUCUCUGCCACGAAAUUGCUCACGCCUGGUUCGGCCUAGCCAUCGGGGCCCGAGACUGGACAGAGGAGUGGCUCAGCGAAGGGUUCGCCACUCACUUGGAAGAUGUAUUUUGGGCUGAAGCACAGCAGCUGCCCCCACACGAGGCCCUGGAGCAGCAAGAGCUGAGGGCUUGCCUGCGCUGGCGUCGCCUGCAGGAUGAGCUGCGGAACUCCCCAGAGGAAAUGCAGGUGUUGAGAGCCCAUGCUGAUCUGACUUCUCAAGAGGACCACCCUGGUGUCGCCUCUGCUAGGCUCCAUGGAGCUCUCUGGCCUACACGCCCAGUCUUUCCAGGAUCCCGAGAAGGAAGGAGUUUCUACCCCUGAGCCUCUGACUACAGCUUUGACCUGUGCCUUUCCGGAGGAUCCCUGCCCUGUUCCCGCCAACCUCAGGCCCUCUCCCCAUCGCCACACCUGGUUUGCCACAUUUGAACCUCAUGUAUGAGCAGGCCAGCUAGGCCUCUGAAAAAUGUUAGGGCUGUCAGCUUGCCCGGAACAACUGUCUGCCCCUUCCCAUUCCAGAGACUUGCUGUGUCUCCCAGCUGCCUACUCAAAUUCCAUUUCCUGUGGGAGGCACUCUCUCUACUGGCUCUCUUAAACAACAAAGGUGUAAGACAUGCCAUGCCUAAUUGAACUCAACCCCAUGUCUUCAUUUUGGGGUGGGCACUCCCUGGUUACUCUUCACGGAGGAUUUAUGAAGGAGGAGCUAGAGCUCUGCCGGUCACUGGUUCUACAGCACCACGAGUGUUUUAUUUUUGUGGUAUCUUUUGCUAUAGAGACCAUCAAGAAGUAAGGCGGUCCAGGGUCACUGCCUAGUUAGCCAUAGUUCUUCUCCCCUCCAAAUGCAAGUUCAUAAUGCUAUGUAUUUAGGAACACACACACACACACACACACACACACACAUGCCACCACUACCCCCCCCAUCAACAACAACAAAGAAAAGAAGUCACGAGUUUGAAAGGGAGCAGGGGAAGGGUGAUAAGGGAGGGUGUAGAGGGAAGAAAGGAAAAGGGGAGCAUGACAUCAUUAAACUAUAAGCUCAAAAAGUAAACUUUGAUUUUAAAAGUUCAUAAUAGUCAAAUCCCGGUGGUAAGAUAAGCACUGCUAGUGUUUCCUUGUGAAUAGUCAGGAAAUAAAUGUUACAAGUAUGCAUUCAUAUGGCUGCCUGUAUAGCACUGAUUCAGUAUUAUACUGUUAGCCCAUGAGAUGUUUCCCCAAAGUCAUUCAUGCAUCAGUCUGCAGUGAUUUGCUCGUUAUUGACCCCCUCUUGAGGAUCUCUCACGCUAUGCUGCCGGUCAGAGCAGACUCGACACACAGUGAGUGCAUCCUUGUUUGUUCUCAGCCAUUCAGAAGAGACCUUAGCCGGCCAGUACUUUCUGGUGAACCCCUGGUUGACUUGGUUUCACAGAAUGCAUGCUUACUCCCCAUGCCCCAUUUCCUACCUUUCAGUCUGUAUUUUGGUCAGUAAUUUUGAUCCAGAAACAGCUAACAAAAACUGUGCAAGUAUUCCACCAGCCUGCUGCAAAGACAUGGUGGAGGAGGACAGGGCCGCCACAUUCUACAAUCUAGUCUGACAGUCUCCCUUUGCCGCCUCCUUCAAGUCACUGACUGGGGAGUAAAAAGAGACAGAGGGAGGACUGGACUUGGGGUCGUCAGUGUGCCCAAGGUGUCAGCCAGGGCAGUAAGGCAUACACGUGCAUUAAGGGGCACCCAGGGUGAAAAUGAAAGCUAAAGGAGAAAAGCUUAGACUUGUAUAGGAUAUCAUCCUCUGCAGAGGGAAUCCUGAGGAAUCAUCCCAAGAGUAUUAGAGAGAAUGAGCAAACUCAGUAUACGAGGAGGUGGUAGAUGAAGGCACGAAGCUUGGUUGUUCCUGUAUAUUAGUUAUGAGGGGUCUGAAGAUAACACAAGAAAACAAUAAUGUAUGAUAACAUCAAAGAGGUAGGUUUAGGAAUAAAUUUGACAAAAGAACCACAGAACCCGAGAACCAGAAACUACAGUGCGCCGUGGAAGAAACGAAGGGCCAGAAUAUAUGGAAAUGGCUCGUCUGAGAAACGUCUCGGAACAGCUGCACCGCCCGGGCUUACCUGACCUGUGGACCCAGCAUGGGCUUCUCAAAAUCUUGGCUGUCUCCUUGUAAAUAUAAACAAGGCGACCGUAAACUUCACGUGGAAGUACCUGGGGACCCUGGAGAACCAGAACAACCCCGAAGAGGGCGACAGAGUUGGAGAAUUUAUGCUUCUUGGUUUCAGAACUUGCUACAAAGACCCAGUAAUUAAAACUGUAUGGUGCUGUCAAGAGAUGGACAUGUAGAGCAAGGGAUGUUUGAAUGAUGGCUGGUUGGCAUGGAGACACCAGCGUUUUCCGUGAGUGGUGGUGCCCUGGCAAUGCCUGUCCGAGUGCAAAGGAAUGUAACCCACCUUACUAUUCAAACCACUCACAACAGGAAGUGCUAAGGCUUCAAAACUAUCAGGAAAAAAAAUGCAACUAUGAAUGUUCGUUACCUUGUACUAAGUGGUAGUUAGGAAAUGAAAGUAGCCAAAAGAGAGAAAACUGGUAAAUUGAACUUAACAAGGUUAAAAGCCCCCAUUUCAAAGGAUUCCCUCAGGAGAGUUAGAGUUGGGGGCUGUGCUGUGUCUCAGUGGUAGAGACUUGCUUAGUCUGCACAAGACCCAGGCUCAGCCCCAGCAAGCAGAGGAGGAGACAGGAUUGACAAAUCACAUACUCAGUGAGAGGAUGGAAACACGCAACUGAGUAUUAAAGAAAAAAGACCCAGCCCAACUGAAAAAUGGGGGAAUGUUUCUCCAAAGAGUAUAUUCAGCUGACAAAUCACACAAAAGAUGCUUGCUAUACUUAUUAAGCCAUCAGACAAAUCAAGUCAGCACCAGAAGGCAGUAUCAUUCCACACUCACUGAGACUGCUAUAGAAGACAGACAGGAUAACAAGUAUUCACGAGGAUUUGGAGAACUGGAACCCACCCCACAGUGUGAAGAUGACAGGACAACUCCUAGGGAGGAGGAAGGGCUUGUGUGACCCUGCAGUUCUACUCUUGGGUGUAAACCUAAGAGGAAACCACACAGUAAGGUUUAUAAGCAAAAGCUUGUGCACAAAUGUUUAUGGCAGCUGCUCUACUUUCCUUCCUUGAUGCUUUGGCAAAAUACUCUUGAGAUAGGGUCACUCUGUGUAGCCCUGGCUGUCCUGGAACAGGCCCUGUAGACCAGGCUGGCCCCGAACUCAGAGAUCCGCCUGCCUCUGCCUCCUUAGUGCUGGGAUUAAAGGUGCGCACCACCACCAGCCAGCAGCGAAAUACUCUUGACAAAGGCAACUUAAGGUCGAAUGGGUCUGUUCUCACUCGGGACCUGAGUACAGUCUGUCAGGGCUGGGAAGUUAAAGCAGCGGGAACUGGAAGCCCCUGGCUACACCAUAAUCCACAAUCUGGAAUCAGAAGGUGGUGACCACUGUUGGGUGCUCCCUCCUCUGGUUCUACAGUACCACAUCCCAGCCAGAGGCCCUUCUCCCUGGGCAUUACAGAGUCAGAACCAUUUUGCAGAGGCUUCAAAGAAUUCAGAGCAUGGGGGGACACACGACCAUCCGCAUUGGUUGCACUGGGAGCUCUUGUCUUGUGGCUAGUGACGCUUUGGUGGGCUAAGGCAGUCUAUCUGGCUGGACCUCAGUCCCCAUAAGGUGUCCAUGUGCCUCUCUGUCCUGCUUUCUGGACUACAGUUUUGGCAUACACAUUCAAGACCAAUGAAAUGGCUGAUGAUGCAUAGCUUCCAGGUAGCCAUGCAAAGAAAAUAAAAACACAAAAUGAGAAUAGUAACCAGCACCAUCACCCCUAAACAUCCUGGCCUCUGGCCAAGACAGACUUUUAGAUAAACAGAAUGUGUUAGAUUCAUGAAGUGGAUCAUUAGUCAACAAUAAGAAGGAAUGAGGUAUCGACACCUGCUAGAGCAUGUCACAUGAACCUUUAUAACAGUACGCUGUGAAGGAAACAGAC